AGAGUCCAUUGUAAACAUGGCGGCCGCGCUGCGUCGGAUUCUGUCCUUCAGUAGAAAUGCUAAAGUGUUUGUAUCACCUUUGAAGACAUCGGCGCUUUCUGUACAGCGCUACAGUCUAGAAGUGUCGACCACUGGAGAGCAAAUUACCCACACUGGACAGGUGUAUGAUGAAAAUGAUCCCAGGCGGGCCAGGUUCGUGGGACGACAGAAAGAGGUGAACAAGAACUUUGCCAUCAAGCUGGUGGCUGAGGAGCCGGUCAGUGGCGUUGAGGCCAGAGUGGUGUCAUGUGACGGGGGUGGAGGAGCACUAGGCCACCCCAAAGUCUAUAUCAACCUGGAUAAAGAAACGAAAGUGGGCACAUGUGGCUACUGUGGACUGCAGUUCAAACAGACCCAUCAUCAUUGAGACUUGUUCUCAGUCAAUCUUGCUCUGUUUAGUGUUAUUCUGGUUAAUAAAUGAUAUCUGCUAUU